ACACCGUAUGAUGGUGAAAAGCCAGAGAAACGUUUAAACAGAAGUGUUUCAAUGAAUGAUGACGCAUCAAACAAUGUGAUAAAUCAUCGAAAUAGCGUGAGUAAAUGCAAUGAUAGAAAGAAAUCAGCAACCCUAAUGAUACCUCGUUCUCCGGCGGAAACUCUUCAUUCUGAAGCGGGCAAUCUAGAACCAAAACAAGAGCAGUGCAUGAGUCUCGACGCGGAAAGUACCUCGAAUGAAGCCUCGUCAACAGUGGCCUCUUCGAUGACCACGACCUCAACUAGCAGUUGUUACAUUCCAGCGCAACCAUCCGGCACGUUGUCACCACCAGUCGCGCCACCGUCAUCUCUCUCCGCACUGUCCGUGUCGAUCCCACGUUCCGCAGUCCAUCAGAUGCGUUCAUCGACAAGAGCGGAUCGCAGGAAAAGCAGUCAUUCAUAUGAUGAUCAACUGCAAUUGCAAUUGCAACAGCAACAACAGCAAAGUGAUUGUCAACUAGGUGAUGACGAAAAACCAAGGAAACGUCGAACAAAAAUGCGUGAUAACGCAUCGUGCGUAUGUGCGCGAGUGAUGCCAUUCGUAUUCGAGGCAGUCGUACCUGGUCAGAAAGUGAAACCUCCGAGAGGCAAUCCGGAUCGACGGUUAGUAUGA